UAAUUGGUUCAGUUUGUUUGUUGUAAAUACAGCCUAAUAGAACCAUCUGAUGAACGUACAAAGGAAACUAUACUUUUUAAGUCACAACUGGUUAUGCCUUUUGUAACUAGUUGUUGCCAAGAAUGAGUGAUGACCAUGAGGGGAGAGACGGGUGCCUGGAGAGAACUAGUUUCCCCUUAUUUCACCCAAAGAAAAGUAAAAUACUCUCCAGAAAUGUUACAGGAAGUGAUAGAGCUAGGAAACUUGACAGGUAUGGAGGGACAAACAUUGAGGAGUUGGAAGAUGAAGGGUACAGGGGGAGAGAGAAGGACUUGCAAGCUGAACAGUUGACAGGCAGUAGUGCUGGCAGCAGUAAUAUUGGCAUGAGGCUUCCAGUACCAGAAGUAGCCAGUGCUGAUCUCCUCAUGAGUCAGGGAUCAUCUGUUUCUUCAGGAAGUGGCCUUGGCCAAUAUGUACUGAACCCAUUUCUAGCCAUGGGCAUUCAGUUGCCACAGCUGGCCCUUCUGCUGCAGCAACAACAUCUUCAACGGCAGCAGCAACACCACCACCACCAUGAACAGAAGCAUCAACAACAACUUGGACAACAUACAUUGCACCAGCCAGCCACCACACCUGCCAUUGGUCAUUCACUGGCAUCAGACCAUAUACGUGAUAUUGCUCCUCCGUUAGAUCACAGCAAGACCUGGUCACAUAACAUUCCAGCUUUUCCUCACCUUGGGAACAGUACCUCAACCAGAACUGCUGCAAAUCCAGUAUCUUUGGCUGGUGCCACCUCAAAUGUAGUAACAUCACAGAUCCGGCCAAUGGUGCAAGUGCCCAGAGAAAACCAACCAGUGCAAGCAAACAAAGACGAUUCAGUUUCUGGUAACAAUAGCAGUGCUAACAAACACCCUUUUGUAUGUGAAAUAUGCCGGCAGUGGUUUUUUGCAAAGGAAAAGUUCAUUAUGCAUUUAGUUAUGAAUCAUAACAUGCAUUAUUGUCGCUUUUGCUCAGAAUUGUUUGAUGUAGUUGAGAUGCGGGAUGUGCAUAUUGUGAGGACACACUUACCCUUACAAUGUGAUAUGUGCGAAUCUCAGCUUCCAAGUUCUGAAUCAUUGUCAGAACACUAUCUGAGUUCUCAUGAUGUACAAAGUUGUCUGUAUUGUGGAGUUCUGGUGCGCCCAAAAUCCUAUUACAGCACACAUGCCAGAAAGAAACACUUUAUAUCAAAUGAAGACAUGUUGGAAAGUGAAGCAAGAAUACGAAUUUUUCAAAAUUGGGGAACAGAAAUAGGCAGUGGUGGCUCUGUUUGGAACUUUACUUGUAACCUCUGCGGCAAAGAACGUAAGAGAAGUGAGACAUUUGGACAUUUCUUUUCAUAUCAUCGUGUGUCGCUACCAUGUUUAAUGCAACUUUUGACAGGAGAAGGAGUUUCUAUUUCUGUGCAAGGCACGCCACCUACUUCCACUAGUUUUCAGCAUUCUGCAGAUGAAACUCCAUUGUCUGUAGUGCCAGAGUCUUCUGUUAUCUCAGGGAAUUCAUUAACUAUUGAUGAAAACCGAAGUAGUCAACUGUGCUGUAUUGUGUGUGGAAAUUCAUUUACACAGCUUGUGCCAAAGUCUGCUCAUGAACUUUUCUGCCGUGGACUGAGUGUGUGUCGUGUCUGUGAACAGGCGUUUCCAAAUGUGAUAGUGCGAAAUGCUCAUAUGCUUGGAGAGCAUGGAAAGUUACCAUGCCGCAUCGGGUGCUCUCCAGAUUCAGCCAGUUUCUCUCAGGAUGUGGAAUUGUCAACACAUUAUUGGCACGAACACAAUAUUUUUGUCUGCACAUACUGCAAAGCUCUGGUGGCUGCUGAUAAAAAGCUUUUUGCGGAGCAUCUGAAAAGGGAACAUAAUUGCUUACCUGAUUGCCCUGCUUUGCAGGGAAAUGGUGUUGGGAAUGGGAUCUUCCAGUGCAGGUCUUCUAAAAUGACUUUAUUUGUGUAUUGCACUCUUUGUGAUUUGGAUUUAACAACUAUCAUGAAAGAUAUUAAUCUCCUUUUUAAACACUUUCAGUAUCAUAAGAUUAGUGUUUCUGCUGCACUGGAGCUUCUUGAGAACCAUUCAACAUUCAGCAGUAAUUCAUUUCAACAUACAGAUGACAAAGGAGAACAACUUUGUGAAAAGGAUACUUCAACGAGAGAGAAACAUUAG